AUGUCUCAACGUUCAACAUGGAUUCAUCUUCAUGGAGAAUUGCUGCCAGGAUUGGAAAUAAUAGACCAACUAGAUAAUAGUAAAUUCCGAUCUCUUAUCGUUUAUGUGUGCGAGGCCAUGCAUUAUGAUCCUGAAGAAAGAAUAUUUAAUAAGGAUCGAGUGGAACAACUGCUGCUUUCUAGGCUUGACAAAAAAAAGUUAACUAUUGCACUAAAUACUAUUAAAGAUAUUUAUGCAAACGCUGCUUAUUACGUCAUAAAACCAUCAGAUUUAGAAGCAAAUAUCAAAAGUAUUUUUAAAUUAAAUGAAGACAAACUGUCGAUCUUGGCACAAGGCUGGAUGGCUUAUGGAGCAGGCAUUAUAAAGAAUUUUAAGCAACGUUCUAUUUUUCCUACUCAGGUGGUAAAUUGGAAUUGGUCUCUGAAUGUUCAAUCGUCAUCUUCUGUAUUUCCUAAAGAUGCGCAACAAACUGCUUUAAUACAAUUAAUUCUUAGUGUGACAGCUGAUAUGGCUGAUGUUAUGCGUGAUACUAAUACUACGAUGACAGUGGAAUUCAACAAGUCGCAAUUAACGGCACUUUAUGAUAAUAUGGCAAAAAUUCAAAGUCAACUAGAUAAACUUAAUCUUUAAGAUUGCAGAAUUUUAAUAGUUAUUAUGUAAAUAUACAUGCAUCAUUGAAUUAAAUUCCUUCUA